AUGAUAAUUGCGCGCACUCCAUCUCCAGGCGCACUUUCAACACAUUCCGCUGUCUCGGCCCAAUCUGAUGCAAAUGGCAAUACUCCAUCUCCUCUCAGAGAUGCCAUGGAAGAUGUGAUGACUUCAUUGCAAGACAUGGGUCUGCCCCGCCAGGCUUCACCCUCUCUUCGUGAUGCUCAUUCACCUUCAGCUCCAGUUUCAUUCAACAAUCCCUGGUCGGAAAACACGUAUGAUGAUGACAAAACCCCGCCAGGUAACAGGCGCCGUCAUUUGACUUCAAUGGGCUUUGAUGGACUUAACCAGCAGACUCACGGGGGAUUGGUACAUAGGACUAGUGUUUAUUCACAUGACUACCAUGGGGACGGUCCGCCUCAACUGAACAAUUAUGUGCAACGGAUGGAAAGCCGUCUUCGUCAACUAGAAGACCAGAAUCGACCACCCGAAGAUGAAGGAACACCUAUGGAUGAUGAUGCACCGCCGCCGCCGCCCAAACACGCCACUUAUCAUCCGCGGCACAAUUCCAUUCCAGCGCAAUAUCCCCAUCUUCGGUCCAGGCGGUCUGGUCAAGACGUCCGAGGUGACGUUUUGGACAGAUCGUAUACAAACAAAUCGAGCGCAACCAAUUCUAGUGGGGUUCAAAGCGUCGGUACGCAAAUGACCAACAGUACAGACAAGACUAACCAGAGCAUGAUGAGCGGCGCCUCUGCCGGGGGCUUCAGUGCAACAAGCGCAGGAAGUUACGCGAGACGAAAUGGUGCUCAAGAGAGGCCCAAUACAGCUAUGGAAACCGUUCGUUCUCGAGGAUUCAGUGACGUCGGGAACAUGGACCGCCCUGAAACACCCCUGACCGGUAUCUCAUAUCACUCCAGUCACAAUACUUCUCGACAGGGAGCAUCAUCUGCUAUCCCAUGGUCAUCUGCUGAUCAUGACGCGGGUGACUCGGGUGGGGUUUUUGGUGGUCUCUCCACCCCAAAGACCAAAAAACAGGGCUUCUUCAAGAAAAUUUUCGAGUCCGCGAAGACGGGUGCUGCUAGCGCAAGAAGCAGUAUCUCCGUCGGUCACAGUGGUGGCCCACAGUCACCUUCCAAGGGGCAUAGGGUAGUCGAUACGAUAUCUCCUCUUCUCACCUCUCGAGACUCGGCUCGUGAUAGUGCUCGAGACAUGGGCCUCAGCGCUAGCGCUAUUGACUGGGUCCAGGUUCGACGUGACGUCAACCGCGCAUCGUCUCCUAGUAGGAAUGAGCGUAUUGAACGAGCUGAACGCUGUCAGAUGAUGGAUCAUCCAGUCAUUUACGCAGUUGAGGAAUUGUAUGACACCGCAGAGGGCGACGAAAGUAUUGACGGUCUCCCAAUCAGCGAGCCCACGAACUUUGACACCCCAAACCUGUCUCUUGUUGACAAGGGUGCCCGCUUUAUCAGUAGCCUCCCUCCUACGACUAACCCCGUGAGCCUGGCUCAAGGCUACAUCACUCGCCCCUACAAAAGUGAUGUUCAACGACUCCGUGCAAUCUUCACAUGGGUCAGUGAGAAGAUCGCUUGGGAGGAGCCUGUCGAUGGCCUUGAUGUAGACAUCAAAAGGGUCUUGCAGGCAAGACGCGGCAGUCCUCACGAAAUUGCCCUUUUGGUGCACGAAAUGUGUGGAUCUGUUGGUAUUCACACCGAAGUGAUCCAUGGCUUCCUUAAACAACCUGGUGAUGUACUGGAUCUCGAGAGUCUCUCGCAUCCCAAUCAUUGGUGGAAUGCAGUCCUGGUCGAUGGUGAAUGGCGCAUCAUGGACUGUGCUCUGGCCAAUCCGACAAAUCCGCAAAGAAGCCGAUUUGUAACGAGCAACUCUUCUGUUGCUGAAACUUGGUACUUCCUUGCCCGUCCACUUGAGAUCUGCUAUACCCACAUUCCUCUGUAUCCCGAAGAGCAGCACAUUUGCCCUCCGAUCUCACCUGAUGUUCUACUGGCAUUGCCAGCGGUGUCCCCGCAAUAUUUCAAGCUAAAUGCAAGAAUCCCCGAUUACGAUACAAGUUUGAUCCGGAUUGAGGGACUGGAAUGCAUGCAGAUUCGGCUUCUCGUGCCAGCAGAUGUUGAAUGCGCUGCCGAGGUCGAGUCUCCUGCGUUCGCCCGUGAUGCCGAUGGAGAUUUCUUUGAAAGCGGUGACAUUAUACGCAAGCGAGCAUUGGUGCAACCAGACUGGUUUCGAGGUCAAAAGAGGAUCACUGUCAAGGCUGUCCUGCCAGGUGACGAGGGACAGGGUGUAUUGAAGCUCUAUGCCGGCAAGAAGGGCCUCAUGCACACUAGCAGAGACAUUCCACACCCCAUGGCUCUGGCGCUUCCGAUAUUGCACAGCGGAGAGAAUCCGCCCUACGAUUUUGUCCUUCGCCAUCCGACCCCGCAUGCCCAGCGCCACGAUCUUUACAUUAUGCAACCGCAAUGUUCGCGCCUGGCAGUCAAUAAUACAUUUGUUUUCGCCGUCCGUCAACAUCCCUCAUCGCCUGGAGUCACGCCAAAGGAUGACUCUUCAUCCCAUGGACGUGACUCUCCGUCGGUGUUCAACCGUCCUGCCAGUGCACUUAGCAUGGUAUCAAGCACCGCGGGUGGCUCAACCGUGUCGAGUAAUUCGAACGAGUUCUCUGCUUCAACCUCCGCCAUCUCAUCUACCAGGUCGUCUUCCGGUCGUGACAAGCCUGCGAAGCUAGCCAUUCAGUCUCCCUCCGGCAAGAUCCUACGUCUCACCCGCAAGGCAGACCACAUGAUCAGCAAUGACAAUCCAUCCGACUCGGUCACGGAUGCUGUUGCGGAGGGUAGUGUAUGGGAAACUGUGAUCAAGAUCGGCGAGCGAGGCACCUGGCGCGGUCUAGUGCUCGCCGACCGAGUGGCACGGUGGUGUGUUUUCUGUGAAUGGGAGUGUGUCUGA